AUGUCCUCGAGUACAACAUCAUCCAUCGCUCACAAGCUCAUCCCAAGCCCCACCCUAGACUUCCUCCGCAUAUCCCGUGGCACAGUAGACGACACCAUCUCGCAGAACCUGAAUGCACUAGUUACACCUGGCACAUCUGCACCCUUCGACCCUACAUCGACAACCUCGCGAACGCCCCGGCCAAUAUACAAACGGCCAAUAGACGGACAAUCAUGCCGACUAUUCAAAGACAAAGUCCUCUUCCCAUCAUGGCAAAGUAGAAGUGACGUCCUAAACUACUGUGCUGGUGUGGCGACCAGUCCGGACCCGGAUGAUCCGGAGCAUGUGCUGAGGGAUACCGAGGAUCUUCGAGCGAGAGAAAGGUUAGUGGAUGAGAGGUUGGAUCCUUAUAGUGGGAGAUACUUUCCUCGUGAGGCAAGAACGGAGGCUUUGGCGUAUCUGAUACGGAAUGAGAGGAUGGUGGAGAAUAUCAUCAGACAGCGGACGUGGGGCAUAGUCGGGGAGAGAUGUGAGAAUGAAGGGAUGGAGUUCGAGAGGGCGCUAGAUGUAUGGCGGCAUGGAGGCGAGGAGGGUAGGAGCUAA